GGAGGAGGAGAAGGAGGAGGAGGAGGAGGAGGAGAAGACGAAGACGAAGAAACCGGGUUAGCGCACACUCGAGGGCUCAACCGUGGAGCUGCCGGGGGAGAGGGCUCCCGGCUGAAUAGGGACUUGCUCAGCAGUGGGAAAGCGACACCAGCCAUGGCUUCAAAUUUUAAUGACAUAGUGAAACAGGGCUAUGUGAAAAUUCGCAGCAGAAAACUGGGGAACCAUCCUCGUGAAUCUCCGCUGGACUCUCUCCAAUGACAGCACAUCCUUUGUGAGAUGUACAGAAGAUGCUGGUUGGUGUUUAAGAAAGCCUCCAGCAAAGGCCCAAGAAGAUUAGAGAAAUUUCCUGAUGAGAAGGCAGCAUUUUUCCGGAACUUUCACAAGGUAACUGAGCUGCACAGCAUCAGGAACAUAAGCAGGUUGCCCCGGGAGACAAAGAAACAUGCUGUGGCAAUUAUCUUUCAUGAUGAAACAUCAAAGACAUUUGCCUGUGAGUCAGAACUGGAGGCAGAAGAAUGGUGUAAGCUUCUCUCUGUUGAAUGCUUAGGAUCCAGACUCAACGACAUCAGCUUUGGGGAGCCUGAUCUUUUGGCAGCUGGUGUUCAAAGGGAACAAAAUGAGCGGUUCAAUGUGUAUUUGAUGCCAACCCCCAAUCUGGACAUUUAUGGAGAAUGCACCAUGCAGAUCACACACGAGAACAUUUAUCUGUGGGACAUCCACAAUCCUAGAGUAAAGCUGGUGAUGUGGCCACUCAGCUCCCUCAGACGGUAUGGAAGGGACGCAACAUGGUUCACAUUUGAAGCUGGCAGAAUGUGUGACACGGGAGAGGGACUGUUUACAUUUCAGACCCGGGAAGGAGAGAACAUCUAUCAGAAGGUACAUUCAGCAACUCUGGCCAUAGCCGAACAACACGAGCAACUGAUGCUGGAGAUGGAGAAAAAAACACGGCUGCAGUCCAGUCCGAGUGAUGAGAUGACAUUAAUGACGAUAACACUUCCUCGGAGUGCGUACUGGCACCACAUUACCAGGCAGAACAGUGUCAGCGAACUCUAUAGCUUACAAGGGAACGAUUUAAACUUGACAAAAGUUCCUCGAGCACAAACCUUCCCUAGCUACGUCUCAGAACAGAGUCAUGAGCACCAACACUUAUUAUCUCCAACUAGUAGCUACGGAUCAAACUACAGCUCUGGGUUGGCCCAGUGAUGUGCACCGAACAAUUGGAGGAGUCACUGUGAGCCGGGCCACAUGUUGAGAGAAGCCUGAUUGGGUAACUGUGAGAGGGCAAGGACUAAAUACAGGUGAAACAAAACAAGUCUUGGAUGGCGUUUGCUGUAUUUGGAGCAUUCAGGUGAUAGACUGAAUAUUCAUAGGCUUAAAAAUACCUGUACAUCUUUUUUAAUAUUAAUUGGCUCCCACCUGCUGAUAACUACAUACCUCCUUGGGAAAUAGAAUUUGAUGUAUAAAAAUGCAAUGUAGAGUAUUUUUAAAAUUCAGCUGCUGUAAAACAUAGCUUCUGUGUGUAAAACACAAUUGUUUGGACAGGUCUAAAAGUGGUUGAGUCAAAUUGUCCGUGUCUGUGAUGACUGUCAAACUCGUUUUUGUUUCUAAUACUAAUUCAGGUAUUGCUUUCAGAUCUGCCCUGCAGAAAUUUCCAUAUAUCAAUAGGUUUUUUUUUCAUUUGACAUCAGAUUGCAGUGUUGUUUGAUGUGUUUUACUUAAUCUGUUUGAUUUACUAAGGUGAAUUUUCUCUGAUGGAUGAUAGUGUGAUCAUUCAACUCGUGUAUGAUGUUCCCCUAAGGGGUUAUCCAUUGGUGGGUCUGCAGGUGGCUGUAGACAUCAGUCCGGGUCCACAUAAUUCCAGGAUGUUAGGGCAAAUGCCCUUAAAGGAUAAUGCUGUGCGUGACUUUAAUGUGGGGAAGCUGAUGCAUGAGCAGCCACCACAUGGUUCUUAAUGGAUCAGAUCAGGGUCAAGGACCAGUUGCAUAGAAUCCAAGAUGACUGUGGACCCUUCACUGUUAUUGUGAUGUGUCAUCAUCUCUGCCAGCCCGACCGUUGAGGUUGGAUCGGUCUUUGUCUGGAACCACUCCUUUGACCUUACCACCAGGGGUGACCCAACCGUGAGUUAAGCGCCAGAUGGCUAUCUCCAGGUAGCAUCGCUCUCGGGAUCUCAGGAACUCACAAGCCUCUCCAGCAGGAUGAGUUGACCAUCCUCUGAGAAGUUGGUGUAGCCUGCAGGACGAAUAAGGGCUCAAUGGUUCAAUAUUGCUGAGAGCUUGCUAUGUCUGGAGAAGGGGCGGUGGUGCGAAAUGGGAAGCGGAUGAGCACUUGCCAAGGGUCAAAUAUGUACGAUAUCGAAGUGGUUUAAAGAUUGCAGUUAAUAGUUGCACACAUGAAGAACAAAAGACCUAAGUCUUGAUGAAGGGUCUUGACUAGAAACAUUGACUGUUUAUUCAUUUCCAUAAAUGCUGCCUGACCUGAUGAGUUCCUCUGGCAUUUUGUGUGUGUUCCCCUGGAUCUCCAGCAUCACCAGAACCCCUGUGUUAAAAGUAAGUCAACUGAUAAAUGACCUUGCAUCAAAAGAAAAUAGAUCCAUAGCCAGAAUGCAUCACUGUGUCUGGCAGCAUGUUGGAGAAGCUGUAAUCAGAAAUGUAGUCUCUUUGUAACCACAGAUCAUAAUUUGUUCUUAUUAAGGGUGAUUUUUUUUAACUUAAACUUGGGCUUUCAGGUAACUGCAACUUUCAUCCAAUUAGACCAAGGAUAUGCAAAUUCAUUCAAUGGCAACCUGGAAAAUGUGACUAUUUAUCAACAUGCACAUUCUUGUGGAACUGGCACCCUAACUAGCUGAGUAUUCAAACUUGAAGUUACAUUAAGAUCUGAAUUAUCAAAAUAUCUGAAGCCAGAGGUACAGGAAAAAUACUGUCAUACUCAACAGUUCAAUCAGUAAUGGCAGGCAGAGCCAGUAAAUCAGUUUCGUUUACAGUCAGUGGACGCUUUAUGAGAUACACCUGUACACUUGCUUGUUAAUGCAAAUAUCUGAUCAGCCAAUCAUGUGCUAGCAUCUCAAUGGAUAAAAGCAUGCAGACAUGGUCAAGAGGUUCAGUUGUAACAUUAGAAUGGGGAAAAAUAUGGGCUAAGUGACUUUGUCCGAGAAAUGAUUGUUGGUGCCAGAAGGGGUGGUUUGAGUAUCUCGGAAACUACUGAUCUUCUGGGAUUUUCACACACAAUAGUCUGCAGUGUUUACAAACAGUGCUGCAAAAAACAAAAAUGCAUCCAGUGUGCAGCAGUUCUGUGAGAAUGCCUUGUUAUUGAGCGAGGUCACAGGAGAAUGGCCAGACUGGUUCAAGCUAACAGAAAGGCAACAGUAACUCAAAUAACCAUGUGUUCUAACAGUGGUGUGCAGAAGGGAUUCUCUGAACACACAAUACAUCAAACCUUGAAGUGGAUGGACUAAAGCAGCAGAAGACCACACCGGGUUCCACUCCUGUAUCUAAUAAAGUGGGCACUAAGUGGAAGUUUUUGCACUAAAAACAUCAACCACGCUGCUUCUCUCCCAUGAUGCUGCUGGGUGUUUUCAACUUGCACUGCUUCUGUGUCAGAUUUUCAGUAACUAAAUUAAUUUGCACUUCUUAUAUACUGAACUUGAUCAUUAUCAAUGCAACUUUCAGCUACGGUCCAUCCAACACUAAUCUAUGUGUCACAAAUUCCAGUCCAUUACCCUCGUUCCAGUCCUGAUGAAGGGACACAGCCCAAAACAUCAACUGUUUAUUCCCCCUCCAUAGAAGCUGCCUGGCCUACUGAGUUCCUCCAGUGUGUAUUGCUCUUGAUUUCCAGCAUCUGCUGAACCUCUUGUACCUAUCGUAUUCCAGACCAUCACCCUCGCUGCUGUCAAAGGCAUUUUUGCUAUAUUUAUAUGCCCUUAUUGUCCAGAGAUACUUAAAGUCAAAUUGACUGUUUAUUUUCCAAUUUAACUUUUAAAAUAAAGAAUUUAGCUCAACUACAUUAAACAAUAGUAAAUUAGUUUAAAUGCAAAUUAUUAAAAUAGUAAGUUAAGACUAUAAGACAUAGGAGAAAUUUAAGUUAAUUGGCCCAUCAAGUCUGCUCUACCAUUCCACCAUGGAUGAUUUACUAUUUCUCUCAAUCCCAUUCUCCUGCCUAAGAUAUACAUGGAUAUUACCUGGAUUGAGGAGCAUGCCUUAUGAGAAUAGGUUGAGUGAACACGGCCUUUUCUCCUUGAAGCGAUGGAGGAUGAGAGGUGAACUGAGAGAGAUGUACAACAUAAUGAGAAGCAUUGAUCAUGUGGAUAGUCAGAGGCUUUUUCCCUAGGCUGAAAUGGCUAGCACGAGAGGGCACAGUUUUAAGGUGCUUGGAGUUAGGUACAGAGAGAUUGUCAGGGGUAAGUUUUUUACGCAGAGAGUGGUGAGUGCGUGGAAUGAGCUGCUGGCGGUGGUGGAGGCGGAAACGAUAGGGUCUUUUAAGAGAUUCCUGGAUAGGUACAUGGAGCUUAGAAAAAUAGAGGGCUAUGGGUAAUCCUAGGUAGUUCUAAAGUAAGGACAUGUUCGGCACAGCUUUGUGGGUCAAAGGGCCUGUAUUGUGCUGUAGGUUUUCUAUGUUUCUGUGUUUUUCCCCGUACCAUUACCGAGGUACAAUGAAAAACUCGUUUUGCAUACAGACUCCUCUGGCCAUACAGAUCAAUUCAUUACAAUGUGCAUUAAGGUAGUUAGUACAAGGCAAAGUGAAAUAAAAAUAUGUCAACAGAGAGUUUAAUUUAAAUUUAAUUUUGUUUUUAUUAUCAUAGGUCCCAGAUUGUACUGAAAUAAAUGGCAAAAAAAAUGCUAAUUUGAAUUUAGUUUUUAAUUAAUUACACUGGACAACAAAGAUAUUGCUUCCUGAAUACUUUUGGGUGUACCUUAUGUAUUUUGGACUGCAAAUCAUGAAAAUCACUAUGAAA